AUAGUUCCGUCAACAUUGCAAUAUGGUAUAGUGUAUUUUUAAAGUAGCACGUUAUGUAUAUGUAUAUUUUUGAUUCGUGCAAUGUUAUCUAGGUUUAAGCAGUUAAAAUUAAAUUAAAAGCAAUGAGAAUUUCAGUUUUAGUCAUACGAAAAAUGUUAUUUAUUAAGAUAAAAUCGACAAUAAUAAUUAAAACAAAAGUAUCGUGACUUUCGUGCAACACGAUUUUGUGUUGAGGUUACAUUAAUUUAUUUCACUUUUAAGAUUAUAUUGUAUUUAUUAUGUUUAAUAAAUAAUCGAGCAAUUAGUAAGAAUGUAGCCUUCGAACAAUUGUAAAAAUAAUGUCAGUGCAUUAGUGUAUUUGACUGCGUAAAGAUGAAUUUUUCGUUACAUGUGAACUUAGAAUUUAUUGUUUUUAUCAAUAAUGAUUGAUAUUUAAUAAAUAAAGAUGAACAUCAUGCCUUCUACGAAGAAUGAGGAGAAUGUUAUUUUAGAAGCAGAUACCGUUUUCUUGUUAAUGAGAAAAGGAUUCCCUAUAUCUCGCAAUGUAAGAGCACAAUGGAUGUUAGAGCAUUUAGAUACUAUAAUAAGUAUUCAGUGUUCAAACUCCAAAACCAAGGAGGCAGCAGAACUAGAAGUAGCAUCAGUGCUGCCGAAAAAUAAAUCCGGAUCAUGGUCUCCUGAAACAAGCCAUCAGUAUCUUUACAAAGUAACUUCUACAACCUCAAUAAUAUUUCUGGCACACAAGUACAGGAUGGUAUUCAAUCUGGACUUGAGUCCGUCCCUUGCAACUGUAGAUAUACAACAUGGUGAAAUAGUCAUAGAUGAGGUAUAUAUGGCAACCAAACAUUUUUUGGAAAGCAUUAUUAGACCUUUUACUAUACCAGGAAGUAAAAGAAUAAUGCAACCAGAGAUCUAUGUAACCAUAAUAGCCCAUACACCUUUUUUCACAAAUCCUGCACAGCAAGUUUUGGUACAAGGUUGGCUAGUAACUUUGGACAAUGUUAAACAGCUGACAGAUUUCAUAAAGAAUCGGCUCCAUAUAUUAGAGGAGAAAGUGGCAUGUGCUACCGCUAUAGCUAGUCAACAAUUGGAAAAUUUAAAAGCUGAGAACGAACGUUUAGUGGGAGGGCUCUUUGAAGAGAGCAACGCUUGUCUAAAUAAAAAUAACAAUACUUGUCUUGUUAGUACUUCGUUAAUUUCUCCGGAAUCAAGUUUCAUCAAUAUGUUGAGAUACGGGAUGUUAGCGCUUACUCUACUGCCAGAACAUAGUUGUGCACAUAUGAUAAUCGUUUCGGAUGGUGUAGUAGGAAAUACCGAUGUCCAUGUCUUGGAUUCGGUUAUACAACAUUUACGUGCAACAACAAUUGCAUGUAGUUUUCUACAUGUUGGAAGUACAUACCAUCCACAUUGUGCUGAUGGUUUAGUCCCAUAUCAAGAGUUAUUACAUUUCAUUGCAAGAGCUACAUUGGGUACUUACAUGUCAUUUCGUCCUUAUCCUGUAGAUCUAAAAGAAACAGAGAUGAAUGUUUAUCAAAAAAGCUUUUUAUGUUGGCAAUUAUAUCGCGAAGUAUGUUGUAAUAUUUCACCAGAUUAUUCGAACUGGCAUUCGAAAAAUUCAUUAUUUUAUGAAGAGAAAUCGACGCAACUUCUGCAAAAGAAGCAGAUUGAGGACAAAGUGACAUGCACAUUAAGCAGUCUACUGUGUUGUCGCCUUCGCGAGGGAUAUUUAAUAAAAAGUGCUAACGUGAGAGACGAAAUACUCGAAAUUUGUUUUGUAUUAUUGUGGAAGUCUAGUGUUUUACUAGAAUACGUAGUAACGUGCCCUUGGCUAACGAAAUCAUUGUCCGUAUCCAAUACAAUACAGUAUACAAUUACUACAGAAGCCCCCUAUGAAUUUUUACACGACAUCACAUGUCUGUCAAAAAAGCCAUUGAAGUCGCAAUAUCGACAAGGUGUUGUCAAUCGGUUUUGGGCAACAUUAACAUCCCUAACAGAAAGUGACAGUAUGCUCGCACACUUCAGUUGGUUCCCAGAAUUCGGCUGGACUUGGUACAGCGUGCCAGAUACUAUUAGGAGCGGCAUGCCAGUCUUUUAUUUAUCAGCUUAUCCUUCACCCAGCACCGUGCAACUCAGUGACGCUGCGUGCCCACAAUUCGGACAGAUUUGGCAACCUGUAGUGUCUUUAAAUCCUUUACAGUGGGCCCGUUGGAUGCAUACCCAGAGAGUGACGUUGAUUCUGUCACACGACAGGCUGCUGCCGAAGCACCUGCAUCAAGCAAAUCAAAGCGGUCGUUUCCAAUGUGUCCAAAGUCGUCAGGCAGCCGCCGUUCUCUAUGCCAUGUUGAAAAAUUGGGCAACCUUCGUUCUCGUCGAGAAUCACACAUACGUGCAAUUUAUUUACCGAGAGGCGGACAAGCCUCCGGUUUCGUUCUCGCUGAUCCGUAUUAAUUGCAAGGCACUCUGCGUCAUUCUUAACAUCGCGUUCGCCGCUGGAACCGAGGGAGUCGUCCGGCACAACGUUGUCGUCGAUCUUCUGGAUCGACUGUCCAAACUUACUUUACCAAACAGGCCUACGGAGCAAAAAGAAACACCUUCCUGUACUAUCAUUCACAAAUCUUUGGAGAAGAUAUUGAUCAGAUACGAGCGAAUGCCAACUGACUUGAGCUCCAUCAUGUUCCCCGAUGGAACUCUGCCCAUUUCAACCAGACUCACGCCAAUGUUCGGUGGAAUUUUGACAACAAGUUUGUCUAGAUAUUUGUAUCACAAUCGAUGGCUUUGGCAUGUGAAACGGCCGCUCGUACAAACCAUUCCUGGAAUUGUAUUACCAAGAUUGAACAUAACUGCGAUCGCUAGGAUCCUUUCUACAAUUACGAAAAUGCGUUUGGCUGAAGGCUUCAAUUUCACUUAUUCAGCAGCGGGCAUCAUAAACAUGGUUCUUGAAGUGCAGAUGCAAGGAGUUGGUGAGAAUGAUACUACAUAUCCGUGUAUUAUUCAAUACAUAUUAUUCCCGCCACACGUUAUGUCAAACACGACACUAGAACGCGACAGUGCAUCGGAGGAAGACACUGAUGAAGGAACGGCAGAUGGUGAAAUAAGCGUGGAAGAUGCUGAGGGUUCCGGCGAUUUCCAAAUCAUUUCUGAGAUUUGGAUCGAACCACAAUGCGGUUUCUCUCAGCUGCCUGUACAGUCCACAGCAACAUACAUGAAUCGUUUGCAGUAUCAUGAGAUCCCAGAUGCAAUCGCUCGAAUAGACGAAGAAUGUAUCAACGCGUUGCUAACGUUGGAGUACCUGAGCUUGUUAAGUCAAGUGAUACCGAACGAAAAGAAUACGGAGAUCAUUUAUGGACAAGUGACCCACUAUGACGUGAGUAAGCUGCCAAAAAGAUGCAACAGAAACACGAAGGCCAACAGCUGCACCGUGGAGGAAUCGUGCGAAGGCCUAUCAGCCAUCGACGAAAGAAUCUGCACGAUGCAUUUCUCCUUCGACACGUUGAACAUAUUGCCAAAAUGCCAGCAGGCUGAACUUUUGUUCUCCAUGUUCGCCGAUGAUACAACCAGCAACAGGGAUGACAAGGGGCAGGGUAGCGCGAACAAGAUAUUAAUGGACAACUUUCUGGGACACAUGAAACAGUUACACAACAAGGAACUCCUAUUGACCUCCGCUGAGUCGCAAAAAUUCACGAAAAUGCUUCUCGAGAGGCGUCGAGCCGGUGGCCCCCCUUUACCGUUCUUCUCCGAGAGAGAGAGAUUGUCCUCCAACGUCGAGCUCAACUCCUAUCCGCGGUGGAAAUGCUUCAUCAAAGGGAUCAGCACGACUCAUGUGAUCAUCACGAUAUUACCAGCGUCCGAGAAAGACGUUGUACGGUUGUUCGCGUCAACCUCGAGCGCAGAGGAACAGUCGACGAGCAACAACUCCGAGAGGAACAGCGAAUCUGUUGUGUUCAACGUAGAUUUAAGCGAAAGCCAAAACAACGCGUGCUCAAAGUCUUCCACGACGGAUGUUAACCUGACUGACACAGCGUCAAUAGAAAAUAACGAGACGGCGUUCUACGAUCAGUGCAUCGAGGACAGUGUAACAAACGCGGACACGCAGCGGGGAUCUCACGAUUGCGAGGAAUCCCUUGUUAUUCCAGUUUACGUGUACGACUGUUCGUUGGCUCUGCUGAUCGACACGUUGGUCGACAAGUUGAAAAUCUCGCACAACAAGGACAUUUAUCAGGAUCACACGUUCAAAGUUGGCCAGCAGGAGUGUAAAGAUUUUAUCGAGCUGAGGUCUGAUUGUAACUCGAAGCCCUCGACCCCGGAGCCGAAAAGCGAGGAUUCCGACAAUACUGCCAGCGAUCAACGAAGCCUUGUGGAGCAUUGCAAACAAUUAAGCUUGGCUCACUGUCAUUGCUACGUGGUUGCAGUUUACAAGUCGCUGGUAUUGCAACAACCACUCACCUACGACGACAUGGAAGCCGCAGUAGAGCAAUGCGAGGAAACCCUAAUCGAAAUUAACAUAACAAAUUACCUGCGGUCUGUGUGCAGACAUCUGAGCAAGCUGUCAGACAAAAACUUGCUAGACGAGCUGAGUCCAUCGGCGUGCAACGACGUUGAACCGUUGCACAACUUGAUCAAGGAGAAGUUCGAGAGGAUAAUCACGAUUGCGUUCAGACCGGUCCCGGCGCAUCCUGAAUUUUAUUACUGCUCGCCGUCCUGGUCCGAAAAUGAAACGGAUCUUCCAGAAUUUCAAAAAUCGGACAGCGAGGACGAGAUAGAGAAUCUUAUGCUUCAUUCGAUAAACAUCGAUUCCACGACACGCAUUCUCAAUGGAAAAGGUAACGUAACGUGGCCAAGCAGAAAUGUCAACAAUAUUUCCAAAAUUUCAAGACACGGCUCCGCGGACUCAGUCAACAGUGACCUGCAGCAAAAGAGUAUCCUCGGGCGAGAACAGCCGUUGUUCUUACAGUUAAGUUGCUCUGUUCGAUUCCAGUCUAGAUCUGGCCUUAGCAGCAUCCCCGUAAAGUCCCUGCCAACGUGUUUCAUGGAGAUUGUGCAGAAGAUGGAAGAUUACAAAGAUGAGGACAUAGCGAAUUUGAGUUUGGCUGAUUUGAAGAUCACUUUGGACAUCAUUUGUUUAAAUUUGCCGAGAGAGGUGCUGGAGAUAAGUUUAGAACGACACUCUGGCCUAAGGGCGACGUCAUUCUGCAGCGGUUCACCUGUAGGUAGCUUGCGAACGGAAAGCGGAAGCAGCUUGGAGAACAAUGCUAAAAACGAACUGUUUCAAGAAAAAAUGUCUCAUUUGCCUUUGUGCCAACAUAAUGCUAUAAGCAACCUGAGGGAUGAAAUUGAGUGGCUGUUGCAGGAUGAAACUGCAACCGCGUUCCUAGACCAGCCCGUUAUAAACGAAAACGUCUUGAACUUUGUUGCGAAUCAUGUCUCCGAGUCGACCGGCAGAUUUAGCUGCAAAGUGGAAAAAGUCCCUCUGUAUUUCGUAUAUCCUUCGGACGAUAGUAAACCUAAAUUUAUAAGCGAGUUGAAGAGACUUCAAAUCGACAAGUAUUGCAUCCGCCAAGAAGGAAAUUUGUUCUAUUUUGUGAAAAAUGUAGAACAAGCGAACGACGUUCAGAACGAGACGAAGGAGUCAAAAAUAAAAGGUAAUACAUGUAGUGCUCCGGAAAAUCUGGAACAGGAAAAACUGCAAGAGAGCGUGAGCUCUUGCACAGAGAAGAACAAUCUCAAUAUACGCUUUAAAUCUCAGGAAUCUCAUUCUGACAGUACUGAUUUGACACAUGAGAACCAAAAUACUGAGGAUGGAUGCAAAGAGAGUAAUACAUCGGAAAACAGAUUUCAAUGGUUAAUAGAUCUUGAUAAUCGUAAAAGUUUCUUACCCAACUUUUGGUUAAUUUUAAACGUUGAAAACGAUUCCGUCAAUGUCUACUUUCACUGUAGGUUUUUAGAGAUCAUAUCGCCCGAAGUAAACAGUUACUGGCAUACCCAGAAAAUGCUGGUCUCUCAAAUAAAGAGUACUUGUCGUCGAGUAAACCAGUACUUGCUCUUACAAAACCUUCACAAGACGAGCAAAUGCUCGGAACUGCUGGAGACAGAAGCGAGCGAAGAUUACAAUUGGAAAACAGAGACGACGAGUGAAUUUAGCAGCGUCGCUGCGAAUCGAGAUUCGAUGCAAAAUUUUACUCCGGGGAUGUUUCGGUGUCGCGUCGUUUGGAAAUUCACGUUCCGUCUGCAUCCUCGAUUGAAGACUGGCCCGGGGAGAUCAGGCCUUUCUCGAGGCAUAAAGGCUCUGCACGGUGUACUUAAUAGAUUUGCUGUUAAUAACCGGAGCAACAUGUUCGUAUAUCAAGAGAACAACAAAAACGUGUUUUACCUAAGGCUACACGAACAGAUCAGCGAUGGAAAAGCUUUGCAGAACAAAUUGUCGGAAAGCGACGAACAGCUUGUCGUUUCUAGGAGCAACAGCGUGGUCUCAUUGUCGCAAGUUAAGCUAAGUGAUAACGCAGCGGUGAACGAUACAAGGCCUCGAGUCCGAUCAUUCAGCGAGAAGGAAUCAAACAUUUUAAAUAAAACCGAAGACUCGAUCAUCUUGAUGGUGCAUGGAAUCUCUGACGCCGGGCCAGAAGUUAAACGGGAUUUGGUACAAGUUCUACAAAAUCGCUUGGACGACGCGGUCUUGGAAGUUCUUUCGGUUAUGUUAGCGAGGAACCCAAUGUGCAAAUUGACACCCGCUGACGUUCAUUUCAUUCAGCCGCCAAAAUCACCGGAAUCCAUCAUACGGCUGAGCGUGCAAAAGCAUUGCACUGGAUACAUAACUGCCUUAGAAUUUUACUUGCGUCAGAAUAUACUUCAGUUUCUGUACAUACCAAAGUACACUGACAACAGGCCAGAAUAUCAUUUCCAAGACUACUCGCAACGCGAAGGAUCUACCAAAAGGAUUUCGGAAUCGGACAUCUUUUUGUAUAAUCAAAGCCACUCCAGUGGGAGCAAAGGAAUCGCUUGUAUAGCUUUAACAAUUGCAGGAGAACACGGUGAGCCGGUCAGAUCGUUAGAAAAUGAAUUCCCCAAAGACAGUUUCCCUGAAACGAUAAACGUGGAAGAUUUCAAAAGUAUCGUGUCGACGUCGAUUUAUGAUAAGAAUUCGACGGAAUCGCCGCCUCUGAUCGAGUUUAAAAUAUGGAAACAGGGCAGAGUUAAUCUCGAAUCUCUGUUGCAGAAGCUAUGUUCUGCGGUGAAACAUGCAAUCUGGGACUUAGUCACGGAAUAUAAAUUUUUGUCAACUCCAUUGACAGAACCGCUUGUGGAAGGUACUCAAGAUCAAUCGCAUGAUCUAGCGAUCGAUCGAUUCGAGGCAGGUGAAGAAGGGAAGUUACACAGCAUUUACUGCGUAACAUUAUCACAAUGGUUUCGAUUUGCUUUAGAAAUUGGAGUACCGUCGGUAAAAAGGCAUGAGAUAAUCCUCACUCACAGACAUCCUAUAUCCACGAUCAUUACAGAAUUAGAGGCUCUUAUACAGAGUCAAGCGCCGGAUACAUCCAGCAGAGCUUUUGUUCUAAAAGACAGACAACCAUUUAUCGAAAGGUAUAUAUCAAAUGAGGAAUUAUUGACUGGGCUUAGGAAGAAUAACUAUUCCGUGUUGGAAAAUGAAGGGAAGCUAGACUUGCCCGUCUACAUACCGUGUGAUUUUAGUAAGGAUGUACAAGGAACUUAUACUAAAUGUAUUUUAAUAGCUAGAAACUUUCAUCAAUGGAAAGCUUCGUUCAGCAGCACGGUACAGCCAGAAUUACUUAUCCCAAAAGAUCAAAAACUUUUGCAAAAGUUCAAUCCUUUGAUAUUAGAAUCUAAUUUUGUUUCAAGACAACGAAUAUUACUUGCUGAGGUUCGGAGCGAUAAUAUAACUCUCUACAUGUACAAUUGGUCGAAAGAAAAGUCGGAGAAACUAAUAAAACAAACUAUACAUUUGGGCACGUGGCUGUCAUCGAGAUCAAAUUUUUUUACAAACGCAAUAAUGCAAAAAUUAGGUAUAUUCCAUCAUCGGCCAAGCUUCUCGAGGGAACAUGCAAACUCGCAAUAUCUUCAAAUCAUGGACAUGGAAAGUCUCACGAAGUUCUCUGCCAUGCCCCACAACGACGGAAAAGAUUGGACGAGAUUGAACAGCAGACCGCAAAAUAUAAAACACAAUCAAUUCUCAUGGAACGAAGUAAUCGGCCAAACAAUGCGCGAUGUGAAACCUAAUAAUUAUUUUCAUAGCAAUAUAGACCCGACUGUGAAAGCCGUCUGCGAUUUACAGGAUUUGCGAUCGCGCGAGAGAAAAGUUAAAGAGGAUUUGAACAAGUUAUACGCAAUGUGGCAAAAUCGUAGUGCUGCUCCGAAUAUUCCAAUCUCAGUCAUUGCUCUAAAUACUUUCAAGCAAUAUUCUCGUUUGAUCCAUUUCUGUCACACACCACUAUUGUUUCUACCAUCGUGGCGUUUACAAUCUGCGGCUACGAGAGAUCACUCGCUUUCGGCGCAAUCGUCUUUGAACACAGGCAUCAGCCUAUAUCAGCAACUGUCGCAACAAAUGCAAAAAAAUCAGAAUGAACAAACAAAUAUCAUAAAGUGGCACAAAGAAUUAUGCAGUUUGAUGUUGUCGGAAUACAAGCAAUAUCUUCACUCGUUAGGCUUUAGUUCAGUGCAAAUAGAGUCGUCAGACAAGAGUUUCGAAGGAACAAUCCAACAACAACAAUCUUAUUAUCUUAAGAAAUCAAUGCUUGGUGGAGUAUUGUUAUUUGAAAUUCACUUGUCACAACCAUUUUUCAUUGUUAAAUUACAUAUUAUCGAAUGCAGUCGACUACAAACGAAAACGAGUAGCGCUUUAGUGAAUCAAUUUAUGCUAAGUUUUGUGGAUGCAUGUGACAAAAUCAAAAUUAGUAUGCAUCUACAUUCAUUUACAUAUGAUUUUCAUUUACGUUGUAUACAUUCGUACAUAGCUGGAACUGGACCUUGGUUAGUGCAACAAGGUUAUCAUCUCAUUCAUUUUCUCGAUGAUUUUAACAAAUAUUAUAGCAAAGCUCCAAAUUAUGCGAGAAAUCUUAUAUACAGUGAUGUAGUAACUAUUCGCGAUUUGGCGAUAUCAGGUCGCACGUUAUAUUCCUAUUUAUUAUCUCAUGAGAAAACUUACAACAUGCGUGUAUUUGUAAUGAAAAGUGAUCUCCAAGAUUCUGAAGAAAGUGAAUACGUUUUAGUAAGCUUAAAGAGCACUCCUUUAAUCAGUUACUGCGACGCACAAGAUACUAAAUAUGCUGACGAUUUCGAUGUUGUUCUUAUUGUGUCACAUUUAGAACAACCUCCACAACUAGAAAAAACUGAGAUUACUUUAAAAUACUAUCUAAUGUUAACGAGCAAGAGAGAAUUAUAUCCAAAAAAAGAAGUAGAAAACAAUAAACUCGGAAAAUUUCGUACGGUGUACAACGUUGAAAAAUCUAUAUGUACUUAUACCGAGCCUGUUAUAAGUACUUUAAACGAAUCUUCAGCUGAUCUUCAAGAAGGUAGACAAGUUUCAAAUGAUAAAAAAAGUGAUGCUAAAUUAUACAGUACUAACUUUGGUACAAAUUGUAAUAAUACAGGUGCACCGACACCUCCGCCUGUACCUAAUUCUCCAUUGACUCAAAAUGUAAAUCCUCCAAGUAUUUCAGUAAAUUCAUCACCACACCUGAUUCAGAUACGACAAGAAUCGAUUAAUUAUCUAGGUUAUUACUCUUCGCAUGAGCAACUUAUGCAACAAACAAUAAUGUCCCAAGCAAAUACAGCUCGAAUGCAUAUAAUGAAUAUGAUCAAACGUGGAGCAUUACAAUGCAGGACACACCUUCUUUGGAAUAAAUUAUUAGAAAGUAAAUCUGCCAUGAAUUAUAACGAAUUCUCCGAACUUUGUUCUCUGGCCCAUGUUGAACCUUUAUUAAACUUGGAUCCAAGAUUAAGGCCAUUUAUUAAUCAGCCAAUUUCUUGGUAUCAGUCCUUAUCAAAGGUUUUACAAAAUAAAUAUCAAGAACAUCAUAAACAAUUCAAUACACCAGACGGAAAUAUUACUCAUCUACUGAUACUGCAUCCAAGUUUUUUCCAAGUUUUCAUGAUGUUAACUAUAGAUCUACAUGCCUCACGAGGGGACCUGUACGCAGUUUACUGUAAAUCAGAAGAAAUGAUUAAUUCUUCGUGCUGUAUAGAAGAUACAUAUAAUCUAAUAGAAGGUUUUGUGAAUGCUUGCUGUUUUAAUUUAUGGAUGGGUCUUUAUAAUUAAUAAUAAUUGCACAUUCCAAAGAAAAAAGUUUCCAGAUACUUGUACUUAUCAUUUACAUAUAUAGAAAUAACAUAUAUGAAAGUAAUUUCAUUGUUUAAAAACAUUAUAUAUAUUUUCAUCGUUUGUUAUAUUGUACUGUAAUUUGUAUGGAACAUAUAUUUUUUUUAAUUUCAAA